UAUUUCCUUCCCGCGAUCAUUCAAAACUAAAAACUUCAACCACCACCACUCAGCUAAAACUAACACUCCUCCAGAAAAAUGGUAAACAACCCUUAUGUUUUCUUCGACAUAACCGUCGACCGGAAACCGAUCGGCCGGAUCGUGAUGGAGCUCUACGCCGACAUCGUUCCGAGGACAGCGGAGAACUUCCGCGCGCUCUGCACCGGCGAGAAAGGCAUCGGAACAUGCGGCAAGCCGCUCCACUACAAAGGCUCAACCUUCCACCGCGUGGUCCCCGACCUCUUUCUCCAUGGCGGCGACUUCACCGCCGGCGACGGCACGGGUGGCGAAUCGAUCUACGGCGUGAAGUUCGCCGACGAGAACUUCGAGAAGAAGCACAGCGAACAGGGGGUGCUGUCCAUGGCGUGCGCUGGUCCGGACACGAACGGCUCGCAGUUCUACAUCUGCUUGGCGGAGGCGGAGUGGCUCGACGGGAAGCAGGUCGUGUUUGGGCAGGUUCUUGGGGGAUGGGACGUCGUCAAGCAGAUCGAGAAGUAUGGCUCUCGCGACACUAGCCGCGGAGGCCGGACCUCGAAGACGGUGGUGAUCGCCGACUGCGGUGAGCUUCAUAGAUCUAUCUAGAUAUGUCGCAUGCUGAUCUCAGAUCUAUUAAUAAUGUUGACGAUAUGAUGAUGAAUUACUGUUUCUUUACUUAGUAUUCCAGUAUUGCUUGAUCAGCGUGAUAUCAACUUCAAAUUGCAUGCUUAAUUCACUGUUAGCAGAUAUUCGGCGCUUCGAAUUGCUUCUUCACUGAAUUGCGUUCAUUUUAUUUUUA